AGUUGGAGGGGUUGCUGUAGGGGCAUGGACACCAUUUCCAAGCACCCAUCGUCUCUCUCUCUCUCUGACACCCUAAAGAUUCAAGUCCUGCUCCACUGGCAUUUUAAAGGAUGAUUAUCAGUAAAAUAUACCUCUAUCCACAAGGAAAUAUUCCAGAAUCUGAGCUUUGGUUGACCAUGGCCAUCAUUUAAAAAUAAAGGACUCAAUUUGAAACCAUGGUUACAAUUGUUCUGGAUAUAUAAAAAUACCUCAUAAGCUUCUUAUGAUGCUCUCUAGAAAAUAGAUCAUAUCCCCUCCCUCCUCCCCCUGGCUCACUACUGCCCUCCACCCCUCCCUUUCCUUGUUCCCAUUGAAAAAAAUGGCUGUCCUAAAAGUUAAAUUCACAAAGAACAAGCGGGACAAGCUAGCCCAGGUAUUAUGGAUACUGAACUGGAUUUCUGUUGUCACGGGAAUCAUCCUCUUCAGCCUGGGUCUGUUCCUGAAGAUCGAGAUCCGGAAACGAAAUGAACUGAUGGCCAACCGGGAGGUCCAUUCAGUCCCCAACAUGCUGAUUGCAGUGGGGGUCAUCGCCUGUGGGAUUAACUUCCUGGGUGGCAAGAUCUGCUAUGACUGCUCGGACACCAACAAGUUCCACCGCUGGAAACUGUUCAUGCUACCCUACAUCAUCUGCACCUUCUUUUUCACGUUUUGCAUCCUGGUGGGGGCUCUGAUGUGCUACACCAUGAGGAAUGAGUUGGAGGAGUCCCUGUACCUAGGCUUGAAGGAAGCCCUCAAAUUCUACAAAGACACAGACACUCCUGGAAGGUGCUUCCUGAAGAGGACCAUCGAUAUGCUGCAGAUUGAGUUUCAGUGCUGUGGAAAUAAUGGCUUCCGAGACUGGUUUGAGAUCCAGUGGAUCAGUAUAAGGUACCUGGAUAUGUCCAACAAGGAGGUCCAAGACCGACUGAAGAGCAACGUUGAUGGAAAGUACCUGAUAGACGGUGUUCCAUUCAGCUGCUGUAACAUCAACUCCCCGCGGCCCUGUAUCCAAAACCAGCUCACCAACAACUCAGCACACUUCAACUACGAUUUCCAGAGCGAAGAGCUGAACGUGUGGCGGAAGGGCUGUCGGAAGGCCCUGCUCGAGUACUACACUCAGAUCAUGCAGUCCAUCGGUUUUACCGUCCUCAUCAUAUGGCUCUUCGAGCUCUCGGUCCUGACAGGGGUGCGGUACCUCCAGACGGCCAUGGAGAACGUGCUGCGGCAGGGAGACCCUGACUCUGAAUCAGACGGCUGGCUGCUGGAGAACAGCUUUGUGGAGACAGCCCGGUCCAACUUAAACAUCAUCAAGAACGUGGGAAAGUCCAACCAGAUCAAUGCCAGCUCAGGGAACGAGGACCCCAACAUGGACGUUCCUACUGCAGACUAUGGGCCUGACAAUGUGCCCCCUAAACAAAUCCCCACUGCCAGCCAACCCCUGAGUUGAAGGUUCUGUUGAACACUAAGGGCCCAAUUUUGAUCACAGGUCGUUAGCACCUGAUUAUGGGCUCUUGGUGGGCGCAAACGAGCGCCCCGGUUUUCUACGGCUGUGCUGCUGCCAGGCAUCGGACAAACAUUUGAGGAGUGGCCUCAUUAUCAUUUUCACCGAAUGAUUUUGAACUGGGCAAAGGUUUCUUAAUCAGGUCUUUUCAAAGAGCAAACACUAUCGCAGGGAAGCUACUGAACAGGCAAUACAUUAAGAAAUUAAGAAACUAGUUUGCCAAGGUUUUUACCGAUUAGCAAUGUGGCAUAGGAAAUAAAAUUAAUAAUAAUUCAUGCUUAUUUUAUUAUCAAAAAAAAUCACAGAAAACGUGCAAUAAGAAAUAUUCCACAUUAAAGGCAAAGUCAGUUUCUUUUGAUUUGUUAACCAUUUCUGCUUCCCACUUUCCAUAGAUUGACAGGCGCUAACCAAAUCGUGCUUUGCUCUGUUCAAAAUUAUAAUAUGAGGGAUAUGGCAGGAAGCAACACAGAUGCUCUUGAGUUUGCACAUUGCCUUUAUUUUUGCCUUCAACAAAAUUGAGCCCUAAGGGUCCUCCAGGUCUUCCUUCCAGUGUUUGGGACACACAGGCCCAACAGAGUGUUACUUGACCAUAAUUAGUCCUUUUCCCCUUUAGGAAAUGCUGCCACGCUGCUUUUCAAUUUGGACUGGAUGUCUUAGUUUUGUUACAAAAGCUUACCUUCUUCAGAAACUUUAAUAUCCAAAGCAUUUCAUCAAUGAAAUGCUCAAGCAACAUUAUUGGAUAACCUCAGGAGUGACCUUCACCUGUCAGGCUUCAUUGGACAGCUGUAAAAAGUUUGCAUAAUAACUUUAUCACCACCCUGUGUUUUUUGUAUUCAAUGUACGGUAUUCAGGUUUUUUAGAGAGUUUGGUCUAGCAGAGGUUGACCCAGGAGAUGGGGUUCAGAGUACAGUGCGUGACAUAACUUGAUCUCCUUGUGCCUCAGCUAUACCCUGUCCCAGCUGUAACUAUGGUUAAAAGCGAACUCAAUUGGAAAGCAUAUAAUCACCAUAGAAGAUAUAAAUACAAAUUGCAUAGAACAUAGACUUUUGAAGGUUAGUCAAGUGUGAAACAUUUAGAAUGUAUUCUAACCAUUUUAAAUACAGUGUUAGCCUAGUGUACAGGGUAGGUCAAUUUAUUUCACAUUCAUUAUUUUUCCGUAGUCUUUUCUAUAUAAUAUUACAUGCUGUAUGCAAACUGUUUUAUAAACAAAUACAUGUUGCUAGGCUUCUUAUGAGUUUUUUUUUUCCUGAUUGGUUCCAAACAUUCCCAAGUAUAAACUAACACCCCUAUUUUAAAAUUAAAACCUUGCGACCCCGGCAUAUUUUUAAGAUAUAUUAAUUGAUAUAGUCUGCUUCAACUCUUUAAUAUCUUAUAAUGUAGAUUUCUUAUUGUCUGGCACCAUUGUCCCUCACACCAAGCUAAAACACAAUGUUGGACAUUGUUCAACAGAAUAGAGACUGGUAAAGCAAAUUGUGACUUCAGUCUGAAAAUAUUCUGUAUUUCUGAACUGCUGUUGAGAUAUGUUCAGCUUGACAAAACUUUCAAGUGUAUCACACACUCCAUCUAAUAUGGCUAAGAAAAAGCUUUGUACUGUUGAAUAUAUACACUGUUUGAGCUGUGCUAAAAUCCAACCCGUUUGAAAAUUGAGCUGAAACUAAGGGCUGAUGUUGAUGUAUUCCAGCUGUUGUAUUUUUAUAACAUCCACUGUAAAAACAAUUGUAAAAACAGCUGGAUCUUCCCAUAUAUGGUAUUGGUAAACACUCUACAUGUAUUUUGUAUUUGUUGUAAAUAUCAGAGAUCCUUUGAAUAACUGGAAUCUACCAGUAUAAAUACUCUAAGGUGAAAAAACGGUGGUAAUAGAGUCUAUUGAUGUUACUAAAAUAUAUUUAAAUGUGUUUAUUUACCUUUAACUGAAAAUCAUAAUGUUUGAAGCUAUAAUAAAUGUGUUAUAGACUCCUCAUACAGCAGACUGAAUGACAGGCGCAACUUCCUCUAUACGAGAGCACUCAAGCAAUUAUGAUUGGUGCUCCUUCGUCAGUCCACUUUCAUUUCCUAAUGGAUUGGGAUAAUGCCUCUCCAGUUACCUUGCCAUUAAUUGAGAGAUACACAGGGCAUAAAAGCACUAGAAUCUCCUGGCCAAAGGCACAGUGGCAACUAAUCUGGAUUUAAACGUGAUUUUCAGUGCAUACAUCACUUCCAAUCUGUCAUACAGCGAACAUCCGAUUACAAGGCAGUAAAGAAAUUUACAAACGUCCACAUUGCAUUAAAACAAAAACAAAAAUCUUCAUUAUAAUGUUAAUGUACUCUUGUUUGCAUAUAGCGUUAAAUGCCUAGCAGCUUUAUCUUGUUAAAGAUUAAACCAUUAGUUUAUUAGAUAAAAUUAUUAUAGAGGAAAAGUAUGUCAAACUGCUGCAGAAACAUUUGAACCGCCUCAAACAAGCAAUGUGGAGCUCCAACAACCUUCUCAAUCAUGUUUUACAAUGCUAUGCCAUAAAAACAGAAGUUAAAUCGACUACUUUAACUUCCACGUCUCACAUUUGUGCGGUGGUUGGUCCCGGUUUGGGAUACAUAUUUAAUUACAAACAUAUUUAGAGGUGGACCCUUUGCCAUUUUCCAGUAGGAUUCUGGGAAAGAGAAGAAACCUACUCUUCGCUGUAUAAAUGUGUAAACAGAAAAUGUAAAGGGAAGUACCAAGAUAUAAAAAAAGGUCCAGUUAACCAGUGGAGCAGAAUACAGGAAAGAUAAACAUGACCAACAAGAGACUUCACCUUUUAUACUUGUAACACCCACAGACAACCGAAAUCUAAUAUUCUGGAGACUCUUUACCACCCCCCACCCCCGUGUCCAGGGGGAAUGAUUAAUUUACAGUUAAAGUGUGGUGGUAUUUAUGAAUGGCAAGACCUAGAACUACACCUUUAAACUAUGUCAAUAAAACAGAGACUUUUUAUACAAGAUAAAGUUUUUAUUUUAUAUGUCAUUUGGCUCAGCGGUUCUCAGUCUGUUGCAUGUUAUUUUUUUUUAAGGAGUGCUUAAUAAAUGAGCAAUCAGCAAUGAGAAAGAAGCACAUGUAAAUCAAAAGUGGAAAGUGCAAGUGAUCAAAGGCUAUUUUUUAAUUAUUCAACAAGAAUGGUGUAUUUUAACAGCAGAUCAAUACAAAUUAAGCAUAUAUAGUUAUAAGAAUGAUUACAUAGGGUGUUUCAACAACCCACCAUAGGAAAAAACAGGUCACCACGUUCCCAAGCAGUUUGCAGAUGCCCCGUUUCAAAAUUAAUUUACGUGUUGCUCUGUUCCCAGCAUAUUUUAAAUGUUUAAAGCAAACUAAGUAAAAUGUUAUUUUGAAGUCUGUAAAUGUGUGCUAUGCUCUACCUUGUGUGUGGAAGGGGGCAGAGUUCCCCUAAACGUAUUGCAAUUUGUAUGGUCAGUACUAACAAAAGGCUGAGAACCACUGAUUUCAUUAAAACAUUACAUAACCAAUAAAUGCCAAGUGGUGAUUGUUUGAUUAAAACAAAAUGUAGCCGUUGGGCUCUAAUCAAAAACAAAAUACACAUUUUAAGAUCUUUCUUUCUCCUUUCUCUAAAAGUAUAAUUUUCAGCAAACAGUACUUUAUUCAAGAAAGAUUACCAUAUUGUACACAUUUCCUGAGUAUCUGAACAUUACGGAUAAAAUAAAAAUUAAAACACAAAAGGAAAACUAAACAAAAA